AUGUCCGACUCGAAACGUCCCUUGAUUAAAGGUCCUCCAUGUCCACCUCGAUCAAAUCCAUUGACCUUGUCCUACAGCCAGCCUGCCCGACCAAGAAAUGAGGUAUCGGUAUGUGCAAGAGGCGACAGUAUCAAAGUCGUAGAGUUUAACGGAUUUGCAACUCCACAGCCAUUUCUCAAUCCAUCGAUCAUGCAGAAAAAGGCACAAUUGGAACGAGAAUGGAAGGUAAAUCAGGAAAGGAUUAGACGACAACAGCCUGAGACAAGCCAGGCGGGAGCUUCUUUUCCAUCUUAA